CAUAUUACAUAUGGGUUAAGUAAGUGAGGCAUAAGAAAUACCCACACAGCAGUUGGAAUGAGAAGCCAUUUGCCCAGGAUUUCAUUCCAACUGCUUGCCUUUAAAUUGCUGAUGGACCCUUAAUCAAAUACUAUAAGUUUCUGGGACUUAGUUUGGUUAUCUUCAAAAUGGAGGGGGUGAUACUUAUACCUUUCCUGCCUCAACAGUAUUUUAUGCCAAUCAAUGAGAUCAGUUUAGUAAAAUGCUUUUUGAAUGAAAAUUUUGAGCCUCAAGAAGUCAAGUGUAAAGUAUUUAUUAUUUAUGUACAUAUAUAUUUAUGAAUAUAUUUUUAAGAUAAUUAUAACAUGUUAUUUUAUUUAUGGCAAUUAUUUGUAUUCUUGGAGUAUGACUGAUCAUCCUUAACAACAGUAAAGAAUGUUUUUCAGGCUAAAUAGUUUUAUUUAUUCACACUAAGGCACUUUGGUCUAAGUCUUGCUUUUUGUAGUACCUGGAAGCUCUAUAAUUAUGAUAAUAAAUUUAUAUUAAUAUCUUGUGCUGAUCAUUGACAAUCUUUCAAUCCUCUACUUUUAAACUUGCUUAGCAUGCUUGUGUCAUUCAAUUUCACCUGCUAUCAAGUCCUACUAGCUAAAGAGGGAUAAACUUAACUUUGGUGACCACGAGACAACUGUUAAUCUAAACUUUCUUUUCCGGAAUGUAAGCAAUGUUCCUUCAACAAGGUUCUACAAGUUGUGAUCAAACUAUAGUGUUAAAUUUCUAUCAAAAAUAAGGACUGAUCCAUUAUUAUAAAUCAUAAUUGAAUAAAACUUACAAAAACAUAAGUCUGACACAAUUAUUUACUGUCUUAAUCAUUAUUUUAAUGCAUGGUAAUUAGGAACAAAUGAUAAAACUUCACAUAAAUAACCCUAAUUAGUGUUACUUUAUAAAACCAAACCAAGUUUUAUGGUUUUUCUCUCCCCUUUGUUAGCUUGCCACUAUGCACAAAUGGUACUUAGAAUGAUAAUAUUCCCAGGGCGCAUGGGUGGCUCAGACUAACACAGCCUGUAAGUGGGAUCUUGUCCUUCCUAUUUUAGAUAUCAUGGUUUUGUUAGAAAUUGACAUUAGCUGUUGGAAAGCAAGUGACAUUGUUGAUUCAGUGUUUGUAGGCAAUUCAUACCUAUAGGUCCUCAACCUAAAUUCAAAACUUUAAAUGUAUCCCUGUUAAAAUUAUUCUUGUUAAUUUAGCUUGUUCUUUCUAGAUUGUUCCAGAUUCUAAUUUUUUUAAUAUACUGGCUCUUCCUCUUAGCUUUGUGACAUUUGUAACAGACAUUUGUGACAUUUGGUGAGAUUUUUGUUUAUAGUAUAUUGCGGAGUAUAAAGAAUAGGUUAUGAACAUUUUCACAGUGUGAUCCUAUUUUCACUUAAAAUACCUACAAUCUGUAUUUAAAUAAUUAUGGAAAGGUAUACAUCAAUUUAUAUACACCGCAUUAUAUAAAAUGUUUCCUUUAUCCAUUGAUGGACAUUUCGGUUGUUUCCAUAUCCUGGCUAUUGUAAAUAAUGCUGCAAUAAAUAUGAAAGUGCAGAUUAUCUCUUUGAUAUCUUGUUUCAUUUCCUUUAGCUUUUUACCUAGAAAUGGAAAUCCUGGAUCACAUGGUAGUUUUAUUUUUAGUUUUUUGAGGAACCUCUAUACGGGUUUCUAUAGCAGCUGAAGCAAUUUAUAUUCCCAACAGCAUGGCACAAGAGUUCCCUUUUCUCCAUAUCCUUGCCAACCUCUUGCUUUCUCUUGUCUUUUUUUUUUAAUGUUUAUUUUUCACUAUCUGAGAGGGGAGGACGCAAGCAGGAGGGGGGCAGAGGGAGAGGGAGGGGUAGAGAGAGAGGGAGAGAGAGAAUCCCAAGCAGGCUGAGUGCUGUCAGCACAGAGCUUGAUCUUACAGAACUGUGAGACCAUGACCUGAGCCAAAAUCAACAGAUGCCUAACGAACGAGCCACCCAGAUGCCCCUCUCUUGUCUUUUUGAUGACAGCCAUGCUAACAGCUGUGAGGUUGAUGUCUCUUUGUGGUUUUGAUUUGCAUUUCCCUGAUGAUUGGUGAUGUUGAGCAUCUUUUCACGUUCUGUUCACCAUAUGUAUAUCUUCUUUGGAAAAGUGUCUAUUCAGUUGCUCUGCCCAUUUAAUUGGAAUGUUUGGUUUUUUGCUAUUGAGUUGUAUGUGCUCUCUAUAUAUUUUAAAUAUCAACCCUUUAUCAGGUAGAUGGUUCACAAAUAUUUCCUCCCAUUCUGUCAGCUGCCUUUUCAUUUUAUUGAUGGUUUCUUUAGCUGUGCAGUUUUAGUUUGAUGUAGUCUCACUUGUUUAUUUUUGCUUUUGCUGCCUCUGCUUUAGUGCCAUAUCCAAAAAGUUAUUUCCAACACUGAUGCCAAAGAACUUACUUCCUGUUUUCCUGUUUUCUUUUAGGAGUGUUACAGUUACAGGUCUUAAAUUUAAGUAUUUAAUUCAUUUUGAGUUGAUUUUCAUUUAUGGCAUAGGAUAGGGGUCUAGUUUCCCAACACCAGGUAUUAAAAAGACUGUCCUUUCCCCAUUGUAUAUUCUUGGCUCCUUUCUCAAAAAGUAAUUGGCCAUAUAUGUAUGGGUUUAUUUCUGGGUUCUCAGUUUUUUUGUAUUGGUCUAUAUGUUUUUAUACCACUACCAUACUGUUUUGAUUACUAUAGCUUUGUAUUGUAGUCUGAAAUGAAAAUGUGAAACUUUACAAUAUUAAUUCUUCCAAUCUAUGAAUAUGGGAUAUCUUUCUACUUAUUUGUGUCUUCUUCAAUUUCUCUUAUCAAUGUCUUACAGUUUUCAGUGUACAGAUCUUUCACCGCCUUCAUUAAAUUUAUUCCUAUUUUACUCUUUUUAAAAGAAAAAAAGCGGGGGAUUAUUGGGGUGCCUGGGUGGCUCAUUCAGUUGAGCAUCCAACUUUGGCUCAGUUCAUGAUCUCAUGGUUCAUGGGUUCAAGCCCCGCAUCGGGCUCUGUGCUUACAGCUCAGAGCCUGGAUCCUGCUUCGGGUUCUGUGUCUCCUUCUCUCUCUGCCCCUCCCCUGCUCAUGCUCUGUUUCUCUCUGUCUCUUGAAAAAUGAAUAAACAUUAAAAAAAAAAUUUUUAAGGGUUCAUUUAUUCUUUUUGAGAGAGGAAGAGAUAUCAGAGUAAGGGCAAAGAGAGAGGGAGACAGACAAUCCCAAGCAGGCUCUGCACUGUCAUCACAGAGCCCAACACAAGGCUCACACUCACAAAUUGUGAUAACAUGAUCUGACCCAAAAUCAAAAGUUGGACACUUAACCAACUGAGUCACCCAGGUACCCCAUUGAUGCUAUUGUAAAUGGAACUGUUUUCUUAAUUUAUCUUUCUGAUAGUUCAUUGUUAGUAUAUAGAAAUGCAAAUGAUUUAUGUAUAUUGAUUUUUAUGCUGUAAAUUUACUGAAUUCAUCUAUUGUUUCUAACAGUUUUCUUGGUAGAGUCUUUAGAGUUUUCUAUAUAUAAUAUCAUGUCAUCUGCAAAUAGAGACCAUUUUAUUUCUUCCUUUGUGACAUGGAUGCCUUUUAUUUAUGCUUCAUUGUUCUGGCUAGGGCUUCUGAUACUAUGUUGAAUAAAAAUGAGAGUGGGCAUCCUUGUCUUGUUCCUGAUCUUAGAGGGAACGCUUUCAGCUUUUCACCACUGAGUAUGAUGUUAUACUUGUAUGAUUUGGGCUUGUCAUUUAUUAUGUUGAGAUACACUUCUAUACCCAGUUUGUUGAGAUUUUUUAGCAUGAAUGGAUAUUGAAGUUUGUCAAAUGCUUUUUCUGCAUCUAUCGAGAUGAUCAUAUGAGUUUUAUACUUCUUUUUGUUACUGUGGUAUAUCACAUUAGUUUAUUUGAAGAUGUUGAACCAUCCUUGCAUCCCUGGAAUAAAUCCUACUUGAUCAUGGCUUAUGAUCCUUUUAAUGUACUGUUGAAAUCAGUUUGCUAAUAUUUUGUCGAGGAUUUUUGCAUCUAUGUUCAUCAGGGAUAUUGGCCUGUAAUUUUAUUUUCUUCUAGUGCCCUUGUCUGGUUUUGAUAUCAGGGGAAUGCUGGCCUCAUAAAAUGAGUUUGGAAGUGUUCCAUCCUCUUGUAUCUUCCAGAAGAGUCUGAGAAGGAUUGGUAUUAAUUCUUCUUUAAAUGUUUGGUAGAAUUCACCAGUGAAGCCAUCUGGUCUUAGACUUUUCUCUUUUUUUUUUUUGGUGUUGGGCAGGGGGGAGGCGGAUUUAAUAAUUGAUUUAAUCUCCUCACUAGGAAUUGAUCUGUUCAGAAUUUCUAUUUCUUCAUGAUUCAGUCUUGAUAUAUUGUCUAUUUUCUAGGAAUCUAUCCAUUUCUCUUAGUUGCUCAAUUUAUUGGCAUGUAAUUGUUCUUUUGUAUUUCUGCCGUAUCAGUUGUAAUGUCUCCUCUUCACUUCUUAAUAAUUUUUUUUUUGAGAGAAAGAGAAUGUGCGAAGGGGGCAGGGGGUGGACAGAGGGAGAGAGAGAGAAUCAUAAGCAGGCUCCAUGCCCAGCACAGACCCUGACAGGGGGCUCAAUCUCACAAUGAUAAGAUCAUGACCUGAGCCAAAAUCAAGAGUCAGACGCUUAACUGAUUGAGCCACCAAGGAGCCCCUCCUCUUCACUUACAUUUUCAUUUAUUUGAGUCCUCUCUCUCUCUCUCUCUCUCUCUCUCUCUCUCUCUCUCUCUUUCAGUAAGCCUAGCUAAUAGUUUUUCUAUUUCAUUUAUCUCAGUAUGUAUGAUUUAAAAACAUGAACUAUACAUAAAAUGUAUUUUGGUAUAUGCAAAUUAUGCCUUAAUAAAAAGGCUAGUUUUAUUUUUCAUUUACAAAAGGAAAAAGUAUCCCUAUUCCAUUUCUUCUUUUGUGCAAGCAAAGUAUCUUAUUUUUGGUACCCUCUCUCAACCCUGGCCUUGACAUGUUCACUUAUUUGAAAUUGUUCUAUAAGGUUAUUUAUCUUUCUUGUGGAUAAAUUUCUUGCCUCCCUCCCCGUUCCCCCAGCUACUUCUACAUAGUAUGGUUACUAUACUGAAAGUCUUUCCUUUUUAAGUAAUCUCUACCCCCAACAUGGGGCUCAAACUCAUUACCCCAAGAUCAAGGGUCACAUGCCCUACCAACUGAACCAGCCAGGCACCCCUGUAUUGAAAGUCUUUAAAGGAAGAAAGCUCUAUUCAUUCAAUAGAUAAUUAUUUAGUUCCUAUUUGGUGCCAGGCACAAUAGCUAUAAUGGUCUGCUCUCAUAAAACUUACACACUAGCAGGGAGAAAGAUAAACAAAUAAUCAAGCUAAUUACCAAGGGAAACUCAGGAAAACUUCCUUGAAAAAGGUAUGUCUUGCCUGAGACUAAAGGAUGAUAAAGAGUUAACUAAAAGAUAAUAAAAAGACAAAUGACCCAACUGAAAAAUGCACAAAGAUCUAAACAGACAUUUCUCCAAAGAAGAUCUACAAAAGGCCAAUAAGCACAUGAAAAGAUGUUCAACAUCAAUAAGCCAUCAGGGAAAUACAAAUAAAAACCACAAUAAGAUGCCACUUCACAUCCACUAGGAUGGUUACAAUCAAACAGAUGGACAAUAACUAGUUAGUUAGGAUGUGAAGAAACUGGAACCCUUAUACACUGCUUGUGGGAAUGUAAAAUGGUGCAGCUGCUUUUGGAAAACAAGUCUGGCAGUCCCUCAAAUGGUUAAACAUAGAGGUACCAUAUGACCUAGUAAUUGCACUGCUAAGGCAUAUACCCAAGAGUAUUGAAAAUAUAUGUCCACAAUAUAAACAUGGAUGUUCAUAGCAGCAUUACUCUUUUUUUUUAAUGUUUACUUAUUUUUGAAAGAGAGAGAGAGAGAGAGCAGGGGAGAGGCAGAGACAAGAGGACCCAAAGCAGGCUCUUCGCUCACAGCAGAUUCCAAUGUGGAACUCGAACCCAUGAGCCACAAGAUCAAGACCUGAGCCCGAGUCGGACACUUAACGGACUGAGCCACCCAGGUGCCCCGCAGCAGCAUUAUUCUUAAUAGCCGGAAAGUGGUAUAUUAUUCAUACAGUGGAAUGUUAUCCAGUCAUAAAAAAGAAUGAAGUACUGACACAUGCUACAACAUGGAUGAACCUUUAAAAUAUUACACUAAGUGAAAGAAGCCUAUCAUAGACCAGAUACUGUAUAACUCCAUGCAUAUGAAAUGUCCAGAACAGGCAAAUCUAUAGAGAUAAGAAGUAGACUAGCACUUUCCAGGGACUAGGAAGAGGGAAGAAUGAUGGGGAGUGACUGCUAAUUGUUAUGGGGCUUCUUUAGGGGGGGAUGAAAAUGUUCUAAAAUUGAAUUGUAUACUCUAAGUGGAUGAAUCAUAUGGUAUGUGAAUAUCCCAACAAAGCUGUUAUGGUAACAGUAAUAAGAAGAAACCAGGGGAAAAUGGGAGGAAGAGUUCAGCUCCCAGACAGGAAAAUAUGGAAAGGAAACGAAGGGGAAAAAAGCAGUGUGACCAAACUACAGUGAGCAAGGAGAGAGCAGUAUGAAUUGAAACUGAAGAAGUAGACAAAGGCCAGGCCCUUCGGGAGCUUGUAGGACUUUAGUGUGAGAGCAAUGAGAAGCCAUUAAAGCCACAAGGAGAACUACAGUGGAUAUGUUGCCUGAUAAGUUGAAAAUUGUUAAACCUAUUUAGCUUUCUUUCCACACUUUGUGUUCCACCGAAUAUUCCCUCAACUAUCCAAAGAAUGUAGAAAAGGGUGCAGAACUGGCCUAUGUUGCUCCAAAGAACUAGGACCGAUGAGCAAGAGGCUUACUUGAGCUCAUUUUAUAAUUAUAUUUUUUUAAUAUUUCUUUAUUUUGAGAGAGAGAGAGCACACAAGCAGGGGAGCGGCAGAGAGAGGGAGAGAGAGAAUCCCAAGCAGGCUCUGCCCUCUCAGCACAGAGCCUGACACAGGGCUCAAACUCACAAACCAUGAGAUCAGGACCUGAGCCCAAAUCAAGAGUCGGAUGCUUAACCAACUGAGCCACUCAGGCGCCCCCUGAGCCCAUUUUAAAGAAAGUUUCAUAAUAAUCAGGGCUUUCCAAUAACAUAAGGUGGCUCCCUGACACCAGCAGGGUUCCUGCAAAGAUGCAAUACCUACAUGGGAUCUGUAGGAUACUCUAGCCCUGAGUAGAGAUCAGUCAAGAUAACAGGAGCCCCUUUCUUACUCAUUAACCACAAACGCUCCUGCCCAGCUGCUAGAGUUAACCAUUAGGUGGACUCAUGGUCCUAGACAAAGAGUCCAGAAUUUUCACUAAAAUAAUUGAUAGGUGUCCUAUUUUAAGCAUAUUUGUAUACAGGUAAUAUAAAUGUCAAAAUGCAUAAAUCCAGGAACCCCAGUAUGGCUCCCUGCUAAACUCCCCAUUUGGGGUCAAAGAACUGCUGCAAUCGCUUCAUGCCCAGCUGAGUACCCAACCGGUGAAGCAAACAUGGCAAACAGGGGCCCAGACAUAGCUGUCUCUCUUUACCCAUAGCUGGCCCAGAACAUUUCACCAGCAUCCAGGAAAGAGGAACCCUGACAUGCAGAAUGUCAGAAACAUUCCCCAGAUUGCUUCAUGAAACCAGGGAAUAGUCAAAACAGGGGGCAGGCUUUGAAGGAAAAUGUUUUAGGGCUGAAAUAAGAAGAAUGAGGUAUGUCUAAUGCCUCAGGAAGACUGGGCCUGCCCCCCUCAUCCCUUUCUCGGUUAGGCAUAUACCCAGCUGAUGAGGUCAAAUAAAAAAUAUAUAAUAAAAAGCAGCCACCUUGAAAGCGGUAUGGCGCUUCCCCCAAAGUUAAAAAUAGAAUUACCAUAUAAUCCAACAAUAUUGCUUCUAGAUAUAUCUACCCCCAGAGAAGUGAAAGCAGAAAUUUCCACAGGCAGCUGCACCCCCAUGUUCACAGCAGCGAUAUUCACAACAGCUAAGGGGUGGAAGCAACCCACAGAUGAAUGGAUAAACGAAACUUGGUACACGCAACGCAUACAAUGGAAUAUUAUCCAGCCUUAGAAAGGAAAGAAUUUGGGGAGGAAUUCUUCCACAUGCUACGACAUGGAUGAACCUUGAGGAUUUAAUGCUAAGUGAAAUAAGCCACAGAAACACAAGUACCGGACGAUUCCACUUAAAUGGGGUUCCUAGAGUAACCAGAAUCACACAGACAGUGAAAUGGUACUUGCCAGGGCCUGAGGGGAGGAGGCAAGGGGGAGUUCCCAUUUCAUGGGUAUUGUGCUUCUAUUUGGGAGGAUGACCAACUUCAGGACGUGGACGGUGGUGAGGGUUGUACAACAUUGUGAAUGUACUUAAUGCCAUCGGACUGUACACUUAAAAAGGGUUAAAAUGGUAACUUCUGUGACAGAUAUUUUACCAGUUAAAAACAGCAGCCACCCUGCAGUACUAAGAACUUAGGGCUUUUAAAUGCAUGAGAACUUUCACACGUAGAGCUAAUAUACUGGUGUGGACCCCCGAAUUCAUCAGAUUUGGGGUUUACCUUGUUUUUUCAGAGCUCCUGUGAACCUUAGGGUCUGAGAGGAGUAGGGCGGUCCUGUCUACGCGGGCCAAGCAGGUUUCCGUGACUGACUCCACAACCGCCCCUCCCACCACUCCUCCGAAAGGACCAGCCAGUGUGUCGCAGGUCCCACCAGCCGUCUUUUAUGCCCCGGGAGCUGCACGUUCUUCCAAUCAAAGGGAAGAGCCAACCGCAAGGCGUCUAUUUCCUUUUGUCCCGCCCUCCCCUGCUUCCGACUGGCGGGUUUCAAACCCACGGGAGCCAAUGAGAGCGAGCGGACGCGCUGUGUUCCAGCCGUAGCUCCAGGCGCGGGUUUUGAAGAAAAACUGUCGCGGAGGAGUCAUGGUGCCACCGCGACCGUCCGCAGCUGCCGAAGAGCGGCAGAGAAAGCUCCAGGAGUACCUAGCAGCCAAGGGAAAACUGAAGUGCCAAAACACCAAGCCUUACCUAAAAGCCAAGAAUAAUUGUCUGAAUCCUCCACCUUCUAAAUCUACUAUUGUACCCAAAAAGAAUGUUACCAAUUAUGUUGCUUUGCCUGUCAAAGCUACAAGACCCAUCAGCACUGAACUCCAGCCCCGACCUACCAAAGGCCCAGGAUCCCAGAAGCCAAAGUUGGAGCCACCAAAACUUCUGGGCAAAAGGCUGACUUCAGGAUGUGUUUCUUCUAACUUAAACUGUAAGCCUUCCAGCAAUAGUCAACAAUACCAUGAAGAGGGAUCAUCCACUACUGGUGAACUGCCUACAGAAACUAUGGGGUCACUUAAUAUACAGGAACUGAAAACUGCAAAGCAGCAGGUAGCAGAUCAAGGAAAUACUAAGUGUGCAGACUCUGUGGACUGUAACCAUGUUGAAAAUGAAUCCUUAGAUAGCUUUCUAAAAGAGAUAAACAAAGAAAACUUGCCCCAAACCUUACUAGACUCUGAAAGGAAGUCAAAUCCUGAAUUAUGGACUAUAUGUAAGCCAAAGACUAAUUCUUAUAACCAAACCAAGAGCAGUUUGGCUCCUAAACAAGCCUUGGGCAAAAGUUCUGGGAAUAGUGCUUUUCUGAAAGACCGAGUUAAUAAACAAUUUGUUGGAAAAACACAAAUUAGGAUUCCACCAGUAAAGUCACAGCAACUCUCUAGAGGAACAAACCUUGCAAGACCAGGAGAAAAACUCCCAAAGACGGCUCCCUGUCACUACGUUCAGACCCUUAGUAGGACUCAAACAUCAAGGAAACCAGUGGUCAAGGACAUAAAGGAUAUAAAGGUUAAUAGGGAUAAAUACGAAAGACCAACAAAUGAAACUAAGGUACAGUCACACACUGUUACUGAACAGAAAGUAAAACACACCAAACCCCAGACAUGCCCUAGCGUGCUUCCGGGAGGCUGUAACAACAGACAUCCAAACACUAGGCAAGAUCAGAAAUCCACUCAACCUUGUUGUAGAUCUCGGACAUCAUGUGCAUUACAAAAAUCAAAAGCCAUAAGUCAAAGGCCUAAUUUGAUAGUUGGCAGUUUUAAUUCAGUCGUUCCAAGCACCCCUAACAUAACAGCAAAUGGAACCAAUGGGAAUAAAUGCAGCAACAGCUGUCAACAAAAAGCACAGAUUUUGGACACCAAGUUGAAAAAGACUCUUCCCCAGAACCAUUUUCUCAAUAAGACAGCUCCCAAAACUCAAGCUGGUAACAAAACCAUACAUGGAGGAAGAGUCCCAAAUGGGACCCAAACUAAUCCAAAUAUUAAGAAGAAGAUCACAGCAGAGGACCGAAGGAAACAACUGGAAGAAUGGCAGAAAUCUAAGGGGAAAAUCUAUAAACGGCCUCCUAUGGAACUUAAAACAAAAAGAAAAAUAAUAGAGGAAAUGAAUAUUUCGUUCUGGAAGAGUAUGGAAAAAGAAGAUGAAGAAAAGAAAGCACAACUUGAACUGUCCAAUAAAAUUAACAACACUCUGACAGAAUGUCUGCAGUUCAUUGAAAGGGGUAUACUUUCUAAUGAAGUAUUUACCAUAUUGUCCAGUAUUCCUGAGGCCAAAAAAUUUGCUAAAUUCUGGAUCUGCAAAGCAAAGUUAUUGGCCAGUAAAGGUACCUUUGAUGUCAUUGGGCUGUAUGAAGAGGCCAUUCGAAAUGGGGCAACACCAAUACAAGAGUUGCGUGAAGUUGUUCUUAAUAUUUUGCAAGACACAAACAGAACCACAGAAGGAGUUACCUCUGACUCUUCAGUUGCCGAGACGAAUAUAACAUCAAUAGAAGAGCUGGCCAAUAAAACGGAAUCUGAAAAGUCUUGUCUUUCUCUAAAAGAGAGAGAACAGGUUACAGGAACACCCCAAAUAACCAAGGCAGAGCAGGAUAACCAUCCUGGUAUCAAAUUACAGGUGGCCCCGAUCCCUAGGAUAAGUGGAAUAGCAGAAGUGCACGACAUGAAGCUGAUCACUCCAGUGCGGCGGUCGGCGAGGAUUGAGCGAGCGGUGUCCCGCUACCCGGAAAUGCUGCAGGAACACGAUUUGGUGGUGGCUUCUCUUAACGAGCUGUUAGAAGUGGAAGAAACAGAGUGUUUUAUAUUCCGUAAAAAUGAGGCUUUGCCUGUCACAUUAGGGUUUAAAAUCCUUGAGUCAUAAUUUCUUAAUGCCUUAAAAAAAAAAAAAAAAAAAGAUGUUU